UUUCCUUCAGAAACGUGUAGUAAACAUACUAAUUUACCUCUUAGAUAUCAUUAUUUACUGUUAUCACAUUUGUUUUUGGUUAGUUUGGAAGUAAACAUCGUUGUUUACCUCUAGUUGACGCUCUUAUUUUGAAAGGGCGGCAGUGUGACGGAUCGCGGGCGGCAGCAGAAAAGCGCGCGCGCCUGACAGUUGGAGCGCAGUAGCUCCGAACCCGCGCCGGCCGCGCGGGCUGCAGACACGCGCACGCAGGUGAGACGCGCUUUGGCUGGAGCAGCGGAGUCAAAGGAGGUUCGGGAGGAAAACCCGCAUCGGUUCCGACAGAGUGACUCAGAUUUUGGAGGUCUUCACACAUCUUUGCUGGUCAGAAGAACAGCAGCGAGCCGACGGGACCUGAAAUGAACGACGGAAAAAAACUAGAACAAAAGGAUGGUUCUUAAACUUUUUUCUUUUAAGUGAUCACUUUAAUAACUGGCUUCAAGUAAGAAUUCUAAAUGAAGAAGAAGAAACAUGGCGGCCUUUUGGAAUCACGGCUCCCAUCCCUCAUCUCUGAACCCUAUGAUCUCCUCUGAUUAACACACCAGCAGCUUUCUGCAGACAUGACCGACAACGUCAGCUCCAGGAUGGACACGCCCACCAACAUCUCUCUGAGCUCCAGCGUCCCCAUCUCUGAUUCUCUGGAGUACAAGACUGUGUCGGUGUUCCUAGUCUUACUGGUGUGUGGAGUGGGAAUCAUUGGCAACAUCAUGGUGGUCCUUGUGGUCUUCACCACCCGGCACAUGAGGACGCCCACCAACUGUUACCUGGUGAGCCUGGCAAUAGCCGACCUGACAGUUCUGGUGGCGGCGGGGCUUCCAAACGUGUCUGACAGUCUGACCGGCACGUGGAUUUUUGGACAAGCCGGGUGCUUGGGAAUUACCUACCUUCAGUAUUUGGGAAUCAACGUGUCGUCCUGUUCCAUCACUGCGUUCACCGUGGAAAGGUACAUUGCUAUCUGCCAUCCCAUGAAGGCUCAGACGGUGUGCACGGUGUCCAGAGCAAAGCGGAUCAUCACAGGAGUUUGGAUCUUCACCUGCGUCUACUGCAUGCUGUGGCUCUUUCUCGUGGACAUCCAGGUAGGCCCAGAUGGACACGUCCAGUGUGGCUACAGAGUGAAACGCGAGCUUUACCUGCCCAUCUACCUCAUUGACUUCGCCAUCUUCUACGUCAUCCCGUUGCUCCUCGCCAUUGUGUUGUACGCGCUGAUCGCCCGGAUCCUCUACCUCAGCCCUCUGCCUCACCAGCCCGACACCAGCGCCACCACACUGCGCAGGAGCUGUCGGGACGCCUCCGAGGCGGCAAGACCGGGUCGCCAGGGUCGGCCAAAGAGCGCGCUCUCCUCCAGGAAACAGGUGACAAAGAUGCUGGCUGUGGUGGUGAUCCUCUUCGCUCUGCUCUGGAUGCCCUAUCGGACUUUGGUUCUGAUCAACUCUUUUGUGUCCACUCCCUACCUGAACGCUUGGUUCCUCCUUUUCUGCCGGACUUGCAUCUACGCCAACAGCGCCAUCAACCCCGUCAUAUACAACGCCAUGUCCCAGAAGUUCCGCCUGGCCUUUCGCGGGCUGUAUAGUUGUCAGCGGCUAGAAGGGAAUCAGCGAACUCUGUCAGCCAUGCAGUCCGGGUUCGGCACCAUACGAGACGUGCGGCCCACGCAGCCCUGCGCCAACCAGACUCAGGAAAAAGCAAGGAACGCCAUUCUCGGGACUUCUUCCAAUCCAAAAAUGAAGCAGAAUGGAGGCGGGCAUCGGGAGAAGUUGACGGUUAACGGCGUGUCAGCCGACCGCGAUGCGGACACUGGGCCUUCAGAUUUCAGCUUCAGACACAAUCCAGACGAGAUGUUCCAGACGGGUGAGAAGGAGCUCGAGCAGUCUGUGUCGAAUAACCCCACCGUUCAGUUUUUAGACAGAGAUACAUAAAAUAAUCAUCAGGAACGUGUAAAUAGAAUCAUUCAUACACAUUUACAGCUAAAAGGCAUAAGUGAAAAACUGCUUUUUUUGUUGUUACAAAAAUGAUACGUUUUGGAGAAUUUCUCUAAAAAAAUGUUUACACUUCUCAAAGACAGGGUGCAUUUAUUUAUUAAAGCUGUUGAUUUUCUGUAUGUUUACUACACAUUUACUAAGAUGGUGAAAGGAAUCGAUUCAGAGAUUUGAUGGAGUAUUACAUUUGACUCAGUUUUUACUUUCAUGAUCGCAGGAGAACAUUUUCAUUUAUAUGACAAAAGCUGAGAUAGCAAAACAAAUGAUGAUUAAAAAAUAAAAUGUUCACAUUACUAUCAAAAUUAUGGAUCAAUUUGUAAUUGUCACAAAUGUGUAGGCAGCUGGAUCCAAGUGUUUGUUUGGCACAGACAGGAGAACAAGAGUGAAGCACAACUAAACGUCCACAAAGCUAAACCAGGGUCAGGCAGGCAGAGGUCAAACACGAGCGUGAGGGCAUCAAAGAACAACCAGAGGGAUCAGGGUCCAGGUUAGGGUCGGGUCAGAUGAAACAGAAGAUCAAGUCAGGAUGAGAACGCUCCGUGAUGCAGACAGAUGCAGAGCUCAGUGCUCCAAGUACUGCUGGGAGUGAUUGCAAAUGGGAAACAGAUUUGGGGCUUCUGGGAUUGACAGCAGGGGCUGAUGGGAAGUGUAGUGUGGAGACCCAAGAGGGGGACACAGGGGACCGAUUCAUGACAUUAUUGGGAACUUUUGUCUUCACUGACAAAAAACUGUUUCUCGUUUCCAUGACAUUAACACUAUUUCUAUGUUUUAAUCCGUUCAGCCAGAAGUGUCUUUUUUACCAAAAGGUUUUGACAAAAGAUAGUAGAACUUUGCAUGGUACCAUAUGUUUACCAAAAGAUAUGAACAAUUUAAAAGAGAAUAUGUUCAUUUUGUUUUGGCUAAAAGUGGAUUGUUCCAAGGCCCAGUCCACCUAUUUCAAUGUGGCAGCUCCUCAAGCAACCAUUGAAACUGGAAAACAAAUGUGUGCACAUUUUUACAAAAAAAUGAGAAAUUUAGUUUGUUAAACUGCAGUUAGAUCUUUGCGUCAAUUAAAUGUUUUUUUUUUUUUCGUAGAUUUUAAUGAAAAAAACAGCUGUUACUCACUCUGCUUUUGAAAAAUUGACAUUAAAAUAGUGAUAAUUCGUCAAUCUUUGCAGUUCAGAGCCAACACAUUCACAGCAGAAAACGCACAGAAACAUUGAGCUGGGAGUCUCUUGUACAUACAGUUGUUGUUGUUACUAUUACAUUUUAAAGUAAGAUACAUUUCUAUAAAAAUAUGUUUAUUUGGUGAUAUUGUGAUGCAAAACUCUAUGAAAACCAUUUAUUACAUUGAGGUUCAUUUUUCAAACAACAAAAAUAUGAACUGGUAAUAAAUUCUAUUUAUUGUUUAGUGAAAGUAAUGUUACACAUAUUUGCUAUUCUUAUGAUUAUUUUUCAUUCUUAUUUACCAGUACUUUUAACAUUGAAAUAAAAUGUAUGUGGAUUUAUGUGGAACAAAAUAAAAGGUUAUUUAAAAAGAAUAAAGCUACAUUUCCUGCUAGAAAAUUUACAUGCAAACUAAAUAGAAAAUAAAUAGUCAAUUAGCAACAAAUAAUUUUAGGCUACAUUGAUAAAAUGUCAAAUUAAGUGCUGUGUACCUAAUUAGCUGAUUGAAAAGAGAAUGACAGUUAAAUACCCAAUAUGCUAAACUCAUUUUUUAAAAGUGUUAAACCAAAUGCUUAAAAGCUCAAUAAAAGAGGAUUACAAUAAAACAAGUUAAUUACAGGCUAAAUAUAAUAGAUUUAACUCUGAAAAUGAGGUUAAUUAAAUCCAAAAGGAGCAUUAUAAAUGAUUGGUAAUGUGGAACAGUGUGUUCUGUUAGUAAUUAAAUGCUGCAUGCCAAAACAGUCGAACAAAAUCCCAAAACAACUGAACAGGAAAUAAUGUUUUCUAAAGCCAAAAUGCUCCAAAUGAAUUCCUAAUAAUUAGCUCUAUAAUGUGUGUGAGCAAAGAGAUUUAAAGUAUUGGUGAAAGUGCUGAAUUAUUCAGUAAAUAUUAGAAAAUGCAAUAGUUACACAUCAAACGGUAAAAGAAAAACUGGUGCUAUGAUUAAUGAUGAAAGUGUAGGACCACAAAAAAGUGCAGUGAAAUGAUGCUUUUUAAAAUAGCUAACAAUAAACUUUAAAUAAUGUUAAAGAAAGUCAAUAAACUUGUUUAAAAUCUUAAUGUAUUGACUCUGUUUCAUAAAUUCUGUUCUAAAGUGAUAAAGAAUUCAGACUUUGAGCACAUCUAAUUGUUUAAAAUGUUAUUAUUGGUGAAUUUAUAGUGAAAUGUUUGGUAUUUUUGGAUGUUAAAUAUUUUUAAUCAAUAUUUCAUGCAAAUUUAUUGACAGUUUUUAUGAUCUUCUGAUGUUUAGUUGCUACAUUUAAAAUUCAGUACUGAUUGUGUUUAACAUUAACGUUUUGUGUUAUUUAAAUGAAUUUCUUGCUUCCAUGAACAUAUUUUAAGUCAGCUUUCCCUUUAAGUGGUGACGCAGGUCAUCAUCAGUUCAUUUCUUUUGGCGCUGCUGCAGAAAUCUAAUAGCAUGAUGACAUGCAUGUCUAGGUUGUAAACAGUGAUGUUAGCUUUCCAGCCUAAUGCCUUUGUAUUUUUUUUCUUGAACAUUGUUUCACUAUGGAAAAACCUUUGAGUGUCCUUUUUUUUCAGGUGAAUAUUUUGUUAAAAUGUAAAUAGAUUUUAAAUUAGCUUUUUUGUGUUAACUUCUUGUUGUAUUUCAAUGUUGUAAAGGAGGAUGUACAGUGAUGUAAAAAUUGUGAAAGUUAUUUUAUAAAAUCAGCAAACACAAUCUGUAUAAUCAUGUUCCAAACAUUUUGAUUGCAAAAAAAAAGAUUCUCUAUGAGGUGAUCAAGCUUCAGUCCUCAAGAUUUAUUAGUCGCUCUGCUUUAAGGCGUGUCACACUGCCGCUUCCUUCGAUUUGCGCAUAUUGUAAAAAUGAAAAAUGAUCAUACGUGAAUAUAUGAGGAAAAAGAGAGAAAAGUUGUGAAAUUUUGACACAUGAAUCACGAAUGAACAACGUUAAAACCACAGAAGAAGUACGAAUAAACACAUAAACCCGUACGUCAUUGAAUUUCUUCACUUUGAGUAGAAAUUCCAUCGCGUUAGCACCAUGGUCCGCAGACCCUCAUAGUGCUUUGCUUUAUUUAAAAGUCGGAUUCCUCUAGUUCUAAAUCAGCUGCUAGGCCCCAGCCAAGGCUCGCCCCGCCGAGACGCUGGAGCGGGAGACCGCUGGAGGUCAGCCAAUUAAUGUAAUGACUGUACUGUACAUAAUCAUUAAAAUUUAAUAUGCUGUUUAUUAGUAUUUUGUGAGUCGAUUAAGUAAUUUCAAUGUGAAAUGUGUGCCACAUAUGCAAAAUAAAAGUUAAACAUCGGUGGUACAUGUGUUAAAAGCUUUAGACAUUGAGGAAUUGUCAUAGAAAACCACAAAUAUGUGCAUCUAUUUCGCAAAAAUCACUCACAAUUGUGCAAGAUUUACAUAUUUCCAUGUAACAUACAUAAACUAUGCAUAAACUGUGUCAAUCGACCAAACAUUUUGAACAGCUCAAAACCAAAUUCCCAUAAAGACCCGUUGGUCGAGUCCCACGACGGACAUUUGUGCACAUUGACGAACGCAAGAAACAUGUGCAAAGUAGAUAUAUCAUGAAUGUAUCACAAAAGACUGAAAUUACAUAGGUGGACAAUGCGCAGAUUAAAUGUAGAGGCAGUGUGACACGGCCUUUAGGAGGUUUGAUGCAGUGGCGGAGCUAGAACAUUUUACAUAGGGGGCAGAAGACUUUGGAAGGGUGGCAAAUGAAAACAGC